UGCUGCAUUAGUGCAGUGUAGGCAGGACGCAGUAAACGCACCAGCAGCAGCCCGGGCUGAGGGACCUAUUGUUUCACUUUUUUCCCCCCGCUUUUUUUUUCCUCCCAUUCGCCUUCACAAAGCAAGGUAAAAGACUGCAAGGAGAAACGCGAGAGAAAGCAACGCAAGGGGCAGAGGCAAACUGGUGGAUUACCCUUUUCCUGGAGGAAUCACAUACAUACGAACCAGAGUGAGGGACAAUAGCAGGCACACGUUCCACCCUCCCUCCCUCGUCCGCUGGUCUCUGGUGUUUAAGUGUGAGCUCGUGUGCGGUGGACUACGUAGGUCAGCUGUGGAUCUAAGUGGCCCGACUGAAGCCAUGAGGCUGGCAUUGCCAGCUGCCUGGCUCCUCAGGGCGACUCUGCUCUCCAUGGUUCUGUUGGAGGUGCAGACACAGACCAUUGCCAACCACAAACCCACCUACAUCUGGCAAACAGGGCCCUGGGGCAGAUGUAUGGGCAGCGAGUGUGGUCCAGGUGGGAGUCAGAGCCGAGCGGUAUGGUGUGCUCACUCCGAGGGCUGGACUACUCUUCACACCAACUGUCUACAGGGCGAGCGGCCUGAUAACCAACAGACCUGCUUUCGCGUCUGCGACUGGCACAAAGAGCUGUACGACUGGCAGCUGGGGGCUUGGAACCAGUGUGUUCCUGUCUCUCUGCGCAACCCUGCAGUAACAAGGCCAGCGGUGUGCACCCGAGGUGAAGAAGGCAUUCAGACCCGCGAGGUGGCCUGCGUCCAGAAGAGCAACAGUGCGCCCGCAGAUGAUACCAUCUGCGAAUACUUUGAGCCCAAACCAAGGUUGGAGCAGGCCUGUCUCAUCCCAUGCCCACAAGAUUGUGUUGUCUCUGAGUUUUCUCUAUGGAGCGUAUGCUCAAAGACAUGUGGAGUAGGCUUACAGAACCGGAUCCGAUCUGUCCUCUCUCCACCGCUCUUCGGGGGCUCGGCGUGCCCCAAUCUUACCGAGUUUCAAACCUGCCAUGAAGAAGAAUGCGAGGGUGAAGAGAGUAUGUACAGCCUCAGGGUAGGAUCAUGGGGUGACUGCACCAUGCCCCCUUUACGCCUAGUCAGACAAGCUGAAGAAGAGCAACAAAGUCCAGAAAAACCAGCCCGACCCAAACGACCUGACAGACCCAAACGUAAGGACCGGCAAAAUCGUCCGGACCGGCCCAAACGUAAAGACAAGCCGAAUCGUCCAGACAGACCAAAUCGCCCAGAAAGACCAACUCGCCCAGACAGACCGAAACGUCCAGACAGACCAAAUCGCAAGAACAAACAAAAUCGUCCUGACAGGCCUGAUCAGGAAGACAGGAAUCAAGCAAGACAAGAAAGACAAGCCAGAAGACGUAAGAACAAAGAGCUGAAAAGAGCUAAAGGGGAACGGGUGAGAGACAGAGUCCGAGUGAAGGACCCAGAAACCCGAGAACUCAUCAAGAAAAAGAGGACGAGGAAUCGGCUGAACCGGCAGGGUGGAAAGUUCUGGGACCUGCAGGUGGGCUACCAGACCAGAGAGGUGACAUGUGUGCACAAGAAUGGGACCACUGCAGUAUUGAGUCUUUGCGAUCAGCAAUCCCUUCCAGUCACCUAUCAGGCUUGUGUCCUCACCAAAGCCUGUGAGGUGUCAGAGUGGUCCGAAUGGUCGGCCUGCUCGAAAGAAUGCUACGACCCGAACGGGACGAAGGGUCAGCGCACGCGUACUCGACACGUUCAGCAGUUCAACGUGGCUGGAGGAGCCGAGUGUCCCGGUCUGGAAGAGUCUGAACCGUGUUCUCCUCAGGGGGAUGGAGUUCCACCGUGUGUGACAUACACCUGGAAAACUACAGAAUGGACUGAAUGUAGGGUGGAUGUGCUCCUCAGCCAGCAGGACCGUAGAAGGGGAAAUCAGACAGGAUUAUGUGGAGGAGGUAUCCAGAACAGGGAAGUGUAUUGCGUUCAAGUUUUGUCUGACUCCCCGUCUGGCCUCAGCUCCCUCAAGAGCAAAGAAGCAUCCCGGCCUGUGAGCAACGAUCUGUGUUUGGGAAUCUCGCCCAACACCAGUCAGUUGUGUCAGAUCUCAUGUCCAGUUGAGUGCGAAGUUUCUUCAUGGAGCGCCUGGGGACCCUGUUCCUUUGAAAACUGUCAAGACCAGAGUUCCAAGAAAGGUUUCAAGCUGAGAAAGAGGAAGGUGUUAAACGAGCCUACGGGUGGCACUGGAAGCUGCCCUCACCUGACAGAGGCCAUACCCUGUGAGGAGCCCAGCUGCUACGACUGGCUGCUGCUGAAGCUGGAGGAAUGUGUUCCUGACAAUGACAAAGAGUGUGGCCCCGGGACGCAGGACCCCAAAGUGCAGUGCGUCAACAGCGAAGGUGAAUUUGUGGACAGGCAAAUGUGCCGUGACGCCAUCCUGCCCAUGCCCGCGCUGUGCGAAGUGCCAUGCACGCAAGAUUGUGUCCUCAGCCCCUGGACGUCCUGGUCCCUUUGUUCACACACCUGCUCUGGAAAAAACACAGAGGGCAAGCAGACGAGAUCACGGUCCAUUUUGGCCUACGCUGCCGGAGACAGUGCGGUUCAAUGCCCAAACACUAGCUCGCUGCAGGAGGUACGCAGCUGUAAUGAGCACCCCUGCACUGUAUACCACUGGCAGACGGGUACCUGGGGCCAAUGCAUUGAGGAUACAUCUGUUCCUGCUGCCAACGGCUCGCUCACCCGCAGUGGAGCUGGAACCUCUGGCACUGAAGCUUCCUGCUCUGUGGGCAUGCAGACCCGCAAGGUCAUUUGUGUUCGCGUAAACGUGGGCCAAGUGCCUCCUAAGAAGUGUCCUGAAAGUCUGCGUCCGGAGACAGUGAGACCGUGUCUACUUCCAUGCAAAAGAGAUUGCAUUGUUACUCCAUACAGCGACUGGAGCCCUUGUCCAUCGACCUGUCAAAGAGGUGGCUCAACUAAGAGAAAGCAAUACAGGAAGCGGAUAAUCAUUCAGCUGCCUGCAAAUGGGGGUCAGGACUGCCCAGAAGUGCUUUACCAGGAAAAAGAGUGUGAGGCGCCUUCUGUUUGCCCUGGCUUCAGGUGGAAAACGCAUAAAUGGCGGAGGUGCCAGUUGGUGCCCUGGUCCAUUCGACAAGACAGUCCUGGGGCUCAGGAGACAUGUGGACCAGGACUGCAAGCCAGAGCUGUGUCUUGCAAGAAGCAGGAUGGUGGACAGGUGGACAUCUCAGCCUGUCUGAAGCUCGCCGGUCCUAUGCCUCCACUCACCCAGGCCUGCCAGCUCCCAUGCCAAGAUGACUGCCAGCUGACUACAUGGUCCAAGUUCUCAUCCUGUGCAGCUGACUGUGUGGGGGUUAGGACUCGUAGGAGGGCACUCGUAGGUAAGAGUAAGAAGCGAGACCACUGCAAGAACACUCAGGUGUAUCCUCUAACGGAGACUCAAUACUGCCCCUGCAAUAAGUACAAUGCCCAGCCUGUAGGCAACUGGUCUGAUUGCAUCUUGCCUGAGGGAGGCCGAGUGGAAGGAAUCCUGGGCAUGAAGGUUCAAGGCGAUAUUAAGGAGUGUGGCCAGGGCUAUCGCUACCAGGCAAUGGUGUGCUACGACCAGGAUAACCGCCUCGUGGAGACAUCCCGGUGCAACAGCCAUGGAUACAUCGAAGAAGCGUGCAUUAUUCCAUGUCCAUCCGAUUGUAAACUCAGUGAAUGGUCGAACUGGUCACGCUGCAGCAAAUCGUGUGGAAGUGGAGUCAAAGUGCGGUCCAAAUGGCUUAGAGAGAAACCCUACAAUGGUGGAAGGCCAUGUCCGAAACUUGACCAUGUUAAUCAGGCCCAGGUUUAUGAGGUGGUACCAUGCCAGAGUGAUUGUGGCCAAUAUAUUUGGGUAGCUGAACCUUGGAGUGUGUGGAAAGUCAGCAAUAUUGACAUAAAGGAGAACUGUGGGGAAGGAGUGCAGACCAGGAAAGUUAGGUGUAUGCAGAACACAAUUGACGGGCCAUCAGAUCCAAUGGAGGAUUAUCUGUGUGACCCAGAAGAGAUGCCUUUAGGAGCAAGAGAGAGCAAGUUGCCUUGUCCAGAAGACUGUGUUCUGUCCGAUUGGAGCGCUUGGAGUCGAUGCCCACUGCCAUGCAAUGUGAAUAACUCGCGAGAAAGGUCUGCCGUUCCCAUCCGUCAGCCUGGCGAAUCAAAGCAGUGUCCUCCUACAACUGAGAAUGAGCCUUGCUCUCUCAACACCAACUGCUUUCACUACUCCUACAACAUCACAGACUGGAGCACAUGCCAGCUGAGUGAGCGAGCUGUGUGCGGGAGCGGCAUCAAAACACGCAUGCUUGACUGCGUACGCAGUGACGGCAAAUCUGUAGACCUUAAGUUCUGCGAAGAGCUUAACCUUGACAAAAAGUGGCAGAUGAAUGCAUCUUGUGUGGUUGAGUGUCCUAUCAAUUGUCAGAUGUCGGAUUGGUCUUCCUGGUCUGAGUGCUCUGAUACCUGUGGCCUUGCAGGAAAACUAUGGAGGCGUAGGACUGUGAUCCAGGCAUCUCAGGGCGAUGGGCGUCCUUGUCCCUCUCAGCUGGAGCAGUGGAAGCCGUGUCCUGUGAAACCCUGCUACAGCUGGCGAUACAGCACCUGGUCUCCGUGUAAAGUCGAGGGUGCUCGGUGUGGAGAAGGUCUUCGCUUCAGAAACGUCUCCUGCUUCGUGUCUGACAGCUCUGGAAGUAAUGGUGGAAAUUUGGUCGAUGAGGAACUGUGUGGAGAUCUGGAGCAGACUGUAGAUGGACAGACACAGAUCAUUUUGGAGGAGGCUUGCACGUUACCAUGCCCAGGUGAGUGUUAUUUGACAGACUGGACCGCAUGGAGCCAUUGCCAGCAGAGCUGUGUGGGUGGAGAAGAUCUCAGCCUUGGUUCGGUGCAAGUACGUUCUCGGGCUGCGCUUGCUGAAGAACCGGAGAACCUCGAACAAUGUCCAGAGCAAGAGUGGGAGAGCCAGCCAUGCACAGAGGGUCAGUGCUAUGAGUAUAAAUGGAUGACUGGUCCAUGGCGAAGCUCUUCUCGGCCAGUGUGGUGUCAACGCUCAGACGGUUUAAAUGUCACAGGUGGAUGCCUGGCGUCAAGCGAACCUGUGUCUGACAGGUCAUGUGACCCAGCCUGCAACAAGCACCGCUCAUACUGCACUGAGGCCGGAGUGUGUGGGUGCGAAGAGGGCUACACUGAAGUCAUGACGUCGGAUGGAGUGUUGGACCAGUGCACCUUGAUCCCUGUACUGGAAAUUCCCACCGCAGGAGACAGCAAAGCUGGCGUUAAGACCAUCAGGGGAAUGAGCCCGACGCUGGCCAGCGGGAGCCUGCCCGGGCGCUCCGGACGAACCUGGUACCUGCAGCCAUUCGGACCAGAUGGCACGCUAAAGACCUGGGUUUACGGCGUGGCAGCUGGAGCGUUCGUCCUCCUGAUCUUCAUCGUCUCCAUGUCUUACUUAGCCUGCAAAAAGCCAAAGAAACCCCAGAGAAGACAGAUGAACAACAGACUGAAGCCCCUGACGCUGGCUUAUGAUGGUGACGCUGAUAUGUAGCCCCCUUCAAACCCCCCGAACCCCUCUCAACCCUCAGCUCCACAGCUGCCUACUUACAGACUUUACGCAAUAUGCGUCUCCUUUUUUCUAUGAUAUUUUCCGAAACCUCAGACUGGAACCCCCUAUUUAUAUAAUUAGCCCAGGUUUGUUCCCCUUCCCUCUUUUUUACGUUUCGAAUUUUCACCGGAGCCUUUCGACGAACUCGUAUCUUCUUACGGAAAAAAGGCAUUGCCUACGCUUUUCUGCCAACAAUUAACAAGGACUUGUCUUUGGGGAAAGGAAAGCUAUUGGAGAGGGAGGGCACUGGGGAACUGAGGCAGUUUUUUUUGUUGUUGUUGUUUAGAAAGCACAAGGAUAACCGUUUCUUCCUCAGGCUGCGUUCUCUCGAUUGCUCAUAUAAUUGAUCUACGGUAUUCAGUAUUUUGGCAUGGGAUACUAGGUUGGUACUCUGGUUUUACAGGCCUGCUAGCGCCCCUCUUUCUACCCAAACCCUGGCCUGCUUUUCUUCCUCUCCAUGUUUCAGGUCCUGUUUUGCACUAUAUUAGUGCAGCAUGAUUACUUAGAACCUUGCCAUAGAAAACUGCCUCUUCUCAAUACAAUGUACAGUCAUGUGUUAGACGUGUAAAAAAAAAACAAUUGCCCAUUUUUUGCAUAAUGAACUCUGUUAACUUUAACUCUUGUUUGUGAUACGACGGGAUACAGUUGUAAAAAAAAAAAAAAAAAAAAUCAUUGCCAGUACCCCUUGUACAGCUGAAAUCUGCUAAAUGUCCUUUUUCCUGUCUGAUUUUCUGCAUCACAGCUAUAGGAUUUUAUUUUUCAUUCAGUUUUUUCAUGAAAUGUACACAAUUUCAUUCAGUAUUGCUUGGCUGAUUCCAAGGGCUCCAUUAUCACAAUCUGGAGGCUUUGAUCAUUUUCAGACAAAGGGUCAUGGGAUUGGAAAAUGUGAUCAUGGAAAUGGAUCAACCAAUGAACCAAUGACAAGUGAGAUGGGACAUGAUUUAUUUAUUUAUUAUUAUUAUUUUUUAAAUAAGGUGUGAAAACGGAAAAAAAAACUUUAGCCAAUCAGCACAUGAUCUCAUGAUAUAAUGUUUACCUGCUAAUUUAAUAAAUCAACAUAAUGUUAAUUUACAAACCAACCAUUCAUACCAUACAAAGAUUUUGCAUGUAUGUAGUACAAUGCCUGUCAAAAGUGUGAGACACAUACAUGUUCCUUUCGUUUCUAUGCGCAAUCUCGGUAAUUUAACAGUAUGAAGAUUGACCAAACAAAUAUGUAAAUGUACAGAUUUCGUUUGCAUUGAAAAAUCCUUCCUUAGCAUGAAAAAGAGCUUUAUUUUGUUUAGCUAAAUGUUCAGCUAAAACUCUUUUGCCAUGCUUUGCCAUAAGAUUCAGGUGCAGUGACAGGGCAGGCUGUUCCAGGCUCAUUGUCUUGUUGUGUGAUGAAGUAGCCUCAGAGAAUGGUUGCCAUGUUUGUUCCUUUCACCAGGAAUAAGGCUCCAACCUUCCCUGCUCCAAAACAACACCAAACCUUUAAACUUCCACCUCUAUGAUCUGAGAUUGUGGGGGUGAGGCAGUCUGCUAACAUCUUCUCUUCUGUUACACAAGUUCUUAAACCAAAAAUGGACACCACAGAACUUCAUUCCUCUCAUUUACUGUCCAAUUCUUGUAUGCUUUUUUAUUUCACUUAGUUUGUUGCAUAGAAACAACAGGAACAUGCAUGUGUCUUAAAAACUCUUGACAGCCAAUGUAUUAGUGGCCAUCAAUCUAAACAUUGCCAAAACUAAAAAAACUUUUCAGCCCCUUAGGUUUUAUUAAGUAACGAAUCCCAAAAAUCCAAUGAAAUGCUCCUCACUGUGUUAAAAUAAAAAUCAAACUUUGCCCACCAAAGGUUUGUGACAGAUUGCUAGCUUGGAUUAGCCUUUAAUAUUCUUAAUACAGAAAUGUACCCACCCAGAAAGUGCCCACCUGCAACACUAUGGGAAGGAUUUAAACUGCAUUUUAAAGCAAUGGGUCCUGAACUGCAUGUCAUAGUCAUGGUAAGCUGAAGGUUGUAUCUCAGUGGUUAAGGGAUUGGACUGAAUCGAAGGUCACAUGUUCAAAUCCCACCACCACCAAGCUGCCACUGCUUGACCCCUUAACUGCUCAGUUGUAAAUCGCACUGGAUAAGAGCGUCUGCCAAAUGCAUAAAUUAAUAUAAGCAAUGUUACAGUAUCUAACUAGCUUGCUAACAAAGCGGUUUGAAACUUUGCUAAGUACUGUGCUAGCUAGCUAGUUCCACCUAUUUGGCUGCAAAUUACUGAGGCUAAAAAUGACCAUGUGUUGAGAGCAAUUGCUUGUGAUUGCAAUGAGCCAGCGUUUGAAAACACUUGUUCUACCUGGUGAUGAACGAAAAAUGGCAGAAAUGAAGCUGAUGAUGGAGCGUGUGUUUAAGCAUAACCGUGAAGGUUUUCAUUUGCCGCUCUAUUUAACAAAACAUUUUUCGAACAUAAUUAAUUACGGUGUUAAUAGGAGAACUGUAAUCAUCAUCAAGCCGAAGUGGCUUUUCAUUUACAGUUUGUACAACUGAAAGGAAUGUUUACUUAUUUUUUUCCUGUAAAUUCAUGCAUAAUGAUUUUAAGCAUUUUAUGUAUAAUAUAUAAAUAAGUUGAUCUCUUUUUUUUUUUUUUUAAUGCACAGCUCCUGUGUGUGUGUGUGUGCGUGUGUGUGUGUGUGUGUAUGACUGAGUAAGUUAGACAGGGCGAGAGUGUGAGAGAGCGAAAGUCAAUAGCUACUGAUCUUUCCUGGGCCGAUGCAGAUUUACUAUGUGAAAACCGUUGCUAAGCUUCGUCCUUUUCCUACAAGUUGUUUAUAUGUAUCUGAUGAAUUGCUGAUAAUAAACAACAGA